AUGCAGGGGCAAGGGCAAUCUGACCCGUGUCAGUUUUUCCAACGAUCUGCUCCAAACCCCGCCAAUCCAGAACGCACGUCCAAGGCGUCGUGGGCCCCACGGAAGUCUGCCCGGCGAGGUUCACCCUUCGCUGCCCAGGCGGAAAGGAGCGAGGGGACGCUACAGAUCGAGAGCCGCGCUGCUCGGCUACCUGACGAAAAAGAGGUGGCUGAGCCAGAGGUGCGGAUGGUGAACGGCAAGCCAAAGAAAGUGCGAAAGCCAAGGACUAUUUACUCCAGUUUUCAACUGGCGGCGUUACAACGGAGGUUCCAGAAAACCCAGUACUUGGCUCUGCCCGAGAGAGCCGAGCUGGCCGCCUCUUUAGGCCUGACGCAGACUCAGGUGAAAAUCUGGUUCCAGAACAAAAGGUCCAAGAUCAAGAAGAUUAUGAAAAAUGGAGAGAUGCCCCCGGAACACAGUCCCAGUGCCAGCGACCCGAUGGCUUGUAACUCUCCACAGUCCCCCGCCGUGUGGGAACCGCAGGGCACGGCCAGAUCUCUCAGCCACCAUCCUCAUGCUCACGGGACAACCUCCAACCCAUCGCCCGCAUCCACUUACCUGGAGAACUCCUCUUCCUGGUAUUCCGGCGCAAACGCUCUGAACGGCCACCUGCAGUCUCACGGCUCCCUCCAGCACUCCUUAGUGUUGGCUUCCGGGACAAUCUACUAGAACAGGCGAUCCUUUUUUAAACCUUCGUUCCUUCCUCUCUUGUUUUGGACUUGAUUGCUUUUGUUCAUGA